AUAGUGUGAGUUCCAAAUUAGUGUAAAAUAUUUACUUCCGGUUUAUCCACUGUGAAACAUGUUGCGAAGUGCAGCUUACAGAAAACAUCCACGAAAAUUACAACGGGCGUCCGGACGUGAUGGCGGGCCGCAAGGGCGAGUACAAAAACUCCAAGAAAUGGUUACCAAGCUCAUACGAUAUGAAAGAAUUGAAUCAACUCUACCAAAAUGUGAUGAAGCCAGAGGUUAUACCGAACAGCUUAUCAACCUAGCCGUUGAGAAGGGUGAUCAAGACAAACAUGCCAUGGAGAUGGCUGACUACUGGCUCACGGAGAAGGAUUUGAUACACAAGCUGUUUAAGGUGUUAGCCCCUCGGUACAGUCAUAUGAAAAACUUUAGAUAUACUCAGAUGUACCGACUCCCAAUCAAGUACCCAGGAACAGAUAACACCAGCCCAGCUGUACUGGAGCUCAAAGGUAAUCCUUGGCCACCUGUGGUCCCCAAUCAAAAUGAGAAGAAAUUUCUCCUAACUAAUAUCUUACUUAAGGAACUCUUCAAAGAAAAGCAGGCAAGGGGAGAAGUGAAUCCUCGUCAAAACCUUGAUAGGAUCAUUUUUCCUGAUGAUUAUGAGAAUGAGGAUAUGACUGCUGGGGACGAUGAAAUUGAUAGCGAUGUAGAGCUUAUUUCAACAAAAUCUGAAGAACAGUUAGCUUCAACAGAAUCCAGUGAAAAUUUAUCGGAGUUUGAUGAGAAAACGACGGAAUCAGAUGAAGAAUUAGCUUCAGUGAAAUCUAGAGAACAAUCUGACAUAAAUGUUGAUAAAAAAGACAAUGCUGAUGAUGACGAAAAAUUUAAAAAGUAAGAAAAUUCUUCUUAACAUUUGUGUAUGCUCUAUGUGUAAUUAUGUAUUGCAAUUAAAUAAAUUCAUGUUUAUUG